AAGCCAUGGGACCGUAAUCUUCGGGUUUAACACUCGAAGGGUUGUUUUACCGGUCUAAAUCCCCGGUACGCUGUAAACAUGUCAUCAUAGUUUCCGCGAACCAAAGGAACAUUUACCCAUAUGUAUAUGGCGACCUGCCGCAUUUCCACCCAAGACUUCUAUGAUCUCCCUAGCCAGGCAUGCUUAUUCUUGGAACUUACUCACUAAAAGACCAUUUUUCGAUCGAAAGGCUACGUGGAGGUCUAGUCAAGAGAUCUAUAUGCUUGAAGAGUAUGGAUGGAAUACCUGUCCGAUACCGGGAUGGUCUUUUACCCAACUGGAGAGGUCCUCUACACCUAUGAUGAUAGCAUUUGAUGGCAGGUGACAUUCAUUGACCUAACCGCUCAACCUGAAGUACCUUUUCGCACUAUAAAGAGGCCAAGAUCACGGUAGGUCUCUUUUGUAUGUCGAACGAACAUCUGGCAUUGCCUACCUAUGAAGUAUUUCCCAUGAAGAGGCACCCAAAAAUGCGAAUGCGCGGUUACCAUCCAAUGGAGCGGACCCAUCAGUCUCUCCUUUAUUUAGCCUGAGAAUAUCCUUUGCGACAAAGAAUACCACUACGUUGGGUCAUCUUUACAGGUGGAUAUGGCGACGACUCACCUCUGAAACCCUGUGAUUUUCCUUCGAAAUCGGCGAUCGCAAUCGAUCAAAAUGUGUUCACUAGAACUCGGGAGCAAUAUUUCAUAUCAGGCUGACAGAGCCUUGGCCUCGAGCGGCAUACUAUUGCUCAUUGUGCCAUCCAAGACGUUUAAAUCCAUGGAUGAUGCUUCCAUAUACCAGCAGAUACUCCGACGUAGAAUCAAAGUCACGUGAUCAAUAUUGCGCUCUUCUCAGUCAUUCACGUGCCACCCUCGACACUUCGAACUGCGCCAUGACGACCACUCGAAUGGACAUCAGCUUUACACAAGAAUUGCGCUUUCCAUAAUUCCUUUCACUCAUCCAUCACUACUUGCGUAGUGGCUUUUCUCGAUCCGUCAUCUCAUACAUAUCUUUUCGAUUUCACUCCGGUACUUCCGUGAUCGACAAUCCUCGAAUACGCCCGCCUCGUACGUCCUGGCAAUGAACUCCGCCGAAAUAGAAACCCUCGAAAGCGAGGUCAAAGAAUACAAUCUACAGCUUGAGACGGUUCAGCUAAGUCUGCAGACUGAUCCAGACAAUAGCGAACUUCAGAGUCUCAAAGCAGAACUUGAACAAGUUAUAGUCCUUACCGAGUCUAGCAUUGCAGAACUAAGGCCUUCUUCAGUCCCAGCGCCAUCCACACAUAGCCCGCCACAUUCAUCAUCCACACCCCAGGUAAAGGAGAAAUGGUCCAAAGAAAACCACCCUGCGUUUCAAGCAGGAUACCGAAAAGCUGAGCCCGAGCCCGAAGAGACAAAUGCACCAGCCACCUUCGCCGUCAAUGACACUGUCUCAGCAAGAUGGAAGUCCGGUGAUGGUGGAUUCUACACUGCGCGCAUUACAUCCAUCACUGGCUCCUCCAGCAACCCCGUCUACAUCGUCACAUUCAAGAACUACGGCAACUCAGAAACCUUGAAGGCGAAGGAUAUCAAACCACUCGCUUCCGAUACAAGAAAACGCAAGGCCGAUGGCAUCUCAGGGUCUUCGACACCCAUCCCCACUCCCACCAACCCUAAUGUCAUCUCAGCAGCAGCAAGCGUCGACCCUACCCUCGCACAACAAGCCCGUAAGGAGCCCAGCAAGGUGAGCGACGGACCAGCACGACCGGCGAAGAUUCCGCGUAAAGUCAAAGCCAACAAGGAACUGGAAGCUGGCAAGAACAAAUGGCAAGAUUUCGCGGCCAAGGCCAAGGGAGGGAAAUUUGGUGGGAAGAAGGACAGCAUGUUCCGGACAGGCGACGGCGUCAACGCUAGAGUUGGUUUCACAGGCAGCGGACAUGAAAUGCGAAAAGACCCCUCACGAUCACGGCAUAUUUACCAGCAAGGUGAUGGUGAUGCCUAGUAAUAGGCGGCUGGCUGGGAUUCUUCGAGCGCACACAAUUAACACACGUCCCUUUUUUUCUAUCUCCUUUUCAAGCGAGAUUCAUAAUGACAUUUUCCCUCUUCAUCAAUCAAGCCAGAUGCUGACCGUCUGGAAAACAUGCAGAUCUCACCAGGUACAAAGACCCAAUUCGUUCCUUAUGAAGGCGAUAUAUGUGGUCUGUCCUGGCCCGAGAGACCGGCUUUCUUUUUCCCACAUCUCCUCUCGUUAUUUGCACGAUUUGCACAGAGCAAGCUCCACUAUCAUUGUCCCGCUCAAGACAAGUAUUCUCUCCCAUGUGUUUUUUCGGUAUUGAGAUGAUAAUCUAACGCGUCUGCUUCUAUUUUAGAUUGUGCGAGAACAUUCCUAGUCAGGUAAGCAUGUGGUCGUAUUUGUCUAUUUAGCGCAGUGUCUUGCCGUGACCGCCAUCCUAUAUCCAUUAUUCAUUAUUUCUUGCAAUAAUGACAGCAACUCCAAUGUCGCUCUAGUUGUGCGUAAGUGCCUCCGAAGAUGGAGCGCGAGGAGCCCAUUUUGAUCAUCAUGCCGCAUGCCAGCAAUUUACUGUCUUAUGUGUGUACAUCUUGAUGAUUACCUGUUGACUUUUGCUCAUAAUCUUCCUAACACAACCACCAAAUCAAAAUGGGACGAGCUACCACUCUCCAUCUUACUGUCCUUUUUUCUCCGAUGCUAAUUUUGCUUCCUUCGCCUCGUUCUCUCUAUACCAUAAAACCGACCUAGCGAAUCCCUCAUCGAUGGGAACAAGGGGCUUGUAUCCAGUCCGCCGCUGAAGUUUUGUGCAGCUGUAAUAUCGGUUGAUGCAAGCAUACUUGACAGUUUGGCGGUUCAAUUUGCCCUGGCGGCCGGUGAGCCAAUUGAAGGUCUCAGCAGCGGCGCCGACAAACUGGGCCAACUCUGUGGGAACUUGCCAGACCUUAUCAAUGUUGACGGUACGACCGUAGCGAGUCCAGAGAUACCUCGAGGAAUCCCAGAAGUAUGCGGGAGAAUUGUUGGUCACGUUGAAGGCCUCGCCAUCGACUUUCUCAUGCUCCAAGAUAACGGCCUUUCCAUCCAAUCUGCGCUGGACAGUCACCAGGAGGGCUUGAGUCGCACAUAGUAAACCGUAGACGACGUUGUGGACGUAUGUAUUGUCGAAGAGGUUGUUGUUUGCACCUAGUUGCACGUGGAGCUGCCAUGCAGGAGCGACACUGGCUGUCUUUAAUAUCCCACCGGUGAAUCCAGCGAGGUCACCUUCACCAACGAUUCCUGCGGGUCGCACAGCGCAGGUCAACAUAUGGCCAUACUCGGGCUUAUCGUUGGCUUCCAAGACAAUUUGCUCGGCGUGAACUUUGGUCUCGGAAUAGUACUCUCUUGGGUUAGGACACACGUAAGGGUAACUUUCGUCGGCAUUGAUAAGGUCAGAUUCGCCAUCGUGUAUAACGCUGGCGCUGCUCGUGUGGACAAACACUUUGCACCUGGCUCCCCAGUCGCCGUGCUUUCCUCCAGCGACCUCCAGUAGUGUGCGCGUGCCCUCGAUAUUGACCUUGCGGAGGAUUUCAUGGGGAGCCUCCCACGAGGGUGAGGCGGUGUUGAUCACAACAUCUGGCUUCACUUUUCUAAAGACUUCCAGGAGCGCAGAUGGGGAGG